AUGAAAAUAAAUUUAAAUUUAUUUUUCAUUGUUGUUUUAUUACUUUUAUUAACAACAAAUUCAAAUUUUAUAAAUGGUGAAAAGGAUAACGAUGAUAAUGAAAAUAAUGAUAAUAACAAUAAUAAUAAUAAUAACAAUAAUAAUAAUAACAAUAACGAAAAUACAUUUGUAAUUGCAAAUGCAGGGGAUUUAGACCCAGAAACAUUAGAAAAAAUUAAAAAUUCAUUAUUUCAAAUAAAACAUCACCGUAUUAUUAGAGAAGAACCUGAGGAGGAGGAAGAUGAUCAUCAUGAUCAUCAUGAUAGUAAUGAUGAUAAUGAAGAAAUAAAAACAAAUAAAAAAAGAAAAAAAGUCAAUAAUUUAGAACUAAGAGAUCAAUUUAUAAUUCAAGGUAGUAAUAUAGUUAAAGAGAAACCACCAACAUCAUCAACUAAAAGGAGUGAUUUAGAUGAUAAUCAUAAUAAUAACAAUCAUCAUCAUCUUUACCAUGGUUAUUAUGGUGAAAAUGAAGAAGAUCAUUCAUUUUUAUUUGAUUUUACAAAUUCAAAUGUUAGACCAGAUAGAGAGUUACCAGGUAGAGAUUUAUUAAUUGAAGCACAAAGAUAUAGGGGAUAUUUAUUGUAUGAUAAGUUAACAUCACCAACUCAUCCAUUCAGUAAUUCAAUUAUGAUUCAUGGUUUUGAUUUAUCAACUGAUAGAGAUUUAUUUGAGUUUAAAGGUCAAUCGAAAUUAACUCCACUUGAUUCAACAAAAGCUUAUCAAUUAUUAUUAGAUUCUGCAAAUCAAGGUAACCAUCGUGCAAUGUAUUUAUUAGGUGUUAUGAAUGAAAUUGGUGAAAAUAAUAAUAAUGGUAAUAUGGAUUUUGUGUUGGCAGAAGAAUGGUAUUUGAAAUCAGCAGAGUAUGGUAAUUCAGAUGCACAAAGAUCAUUAGGAUUUUUAUAUGCAACUGGAAAAUUGGGAUAUAUUGACGAGGCGAAAGCAAUUUUAUAUUAUUCAUUCGCUGCAAGGUCUGGUAAUAUUGUGGCACAGUUGACGAUGGCUUAUAGGUAUUUACAUGGUUAUGGUGUUGAAAAGAGUUGUAAGAAGUCAUCAAUACUCUAUGACAAGGUGGCAGCAAGAGUUGUGUCAGAUUAUGAAAUGAGGGGAUUCGGUUACCAAGUGAAUUCUCAAAGAUUUUCAGAAGAGAGAAAGAGAACACACGGUUAUCAAGAGGAUAGUGAUAUAGUGGACUAUUUGAAAUACUCGUCAGAUGAUCCUGUGACAAUGGGUAGACUAUAUUUGGAGGGCAAUUUAGUGCAACAGGACUUCCAAUUGGCGUUCGACUACUUUAAGCGUGCUUCGUCAAUGGGUCUAGCUGGCGGCUACUCUGGAUUGGGUUUUAUGUAUAAUAUGGGCUAUGGAGUUAUACAAUCAAAUAAAACAGCGUUCAGCUAUUAUGUCAAGGCUUCGGAUUUGGGUGAUAAAGAUGCAAAGUCGAAUCUUGCUGAACUUUAUUUCUUUGGAUAUGGUGUUAAUCAAAACACACAAAAAGCAAUAGAUAUUUGGAUGGAGAAUUCUCAAUAUACUGUAGAAACUCAUAAUGCACAUGCAAGUUUUAAAAAAGGUGGUAGUGGCAAGGAGACCAUUGUUCAAACUCUUUAUCAUGCACCAUCGAAUGCUCAUUUGGGUAGGGUGUUUGCUUAUCAUGGUACCAAUGGUCAAGGUCAAGGUAUUGAUCGUAGUAAAGCAUUACAUUACUUUUCACAUGCAAUCUCUGCUGGUGACAUUGGCUCAUUCUAUCAUUUCUCAAAGAUUCAUUUAGAUAAAGAUCCAUCCUCAUGUCCAUACGUUGUUCAAUAUAUGAAAAAGAUCGCUGAAAAAGGUGCAUGGGCAAUCAUAUUAACAAAGGCUCAAGAUCUUUAUGAAGAGGAUGAUACUGAUCGUGCAUUAUUAUUAAGUGAAAAAGCAGCUGAAAUGGGUAUUGAAAUGGCUCAAUUUAAUUCUGCUUGGAUGUAUGAUAAACGUUUAGGUUUAUCAUCAUAUUAUAAAUCAUUAGAGGAACGAGAAGAAGAAGAACAAGAACAAAAACAAGAAGAUAAUAGUGAUAAAGGUAGAAUUGAAGAUGAAAUUGUAGAUUUAAUAAUUGGUGAGGAUAAUACAAAUAAUAAAGAGGAAGAAGAAGAAGACCAACCAAUUAAUAAAUUAUUUAAUAAAGACUUUUGGGAUCAACAAGCAUUUAGAUAUUAUGAUUAUUCAGCGGAACAAUUAAAUCCAUUAAGUAGAAUAAAGAUUGGUGAUUUCUUUUAUUAUGGUAUUGGAGUUGAAAAAAGUUUUGAAUUAGCAGCAGAGAGUUAUAAACAAGCAGCAUCAGUCAGUCAACCAAUGGCAUUGUUUAAUUUGGGUUAUCUCUAUCAAUAUGGUGAAGGUGUACCUCAAGAUUUCUUUUUAGCAAAGAGAUAUUACGACCUAUCAUUAACCUAUCAACCAAAAGGUUAUAUACCUGUAUAUCUAUCAUUGAUUAGUUUAUUCUUUCACUUUAUUUAUACUUUUAUUUGUUCAUUAUUUGAUCCAUCAAUUAAAAUUUCCUCAACGUCACAAAUUGAUCCAAAAAUAAUUUCUCAACAAACUACAACAUUAAAUAGCGAUAAAACAACCACCACCACCACAACAGCAGGAUUUGAUAAUGAUUUUGGUGUAGGUGGUAUAUUAAAUAAUUUUUCAUUUGAUAAUGAACUCAUUCAUCAAUUAGAGUCAUAUACAAUGAUAUUAUUUGCAAUUAUAAUUGGUUUCCUUGUAAUAAGAAGACAAAGAAUCAUUUUAAAUCAACAAAGACAUCCAAUUCGUCAACAACAACCACAACAACCACAACAACCACAACAACAAGAACAACAACAACAACAACAACAACAACAAUAA